UUUCUUAAAAAAAAAAAAAAAAAGUUAAAUUAAACUCCAAUAUCUAUCUUAGUUUUUCCACUAACAAACAAAGGCUGACUUUGGUGUUGCCUUUGAGGACUAGAUAUAGCACUGCCUCUCUUUUUCCCUCUCUUUCGUUCUUACUCUCGAGGGACGAGGAAGAAGAAUGGAGGCGAUAGCAAAGCACGAUUUUACGGCGACGGCCGAGGAUGAGCUUAGUUUUCGUAGAAGCCAAAUCCUGAAGAUUUUAAAUAUGGAAGAUGAUAUGAAUUGGUACAGAGCUGAAUUAGAUUCCAGGGAAGGACUUAUUCCAAGUAAUUACAUAGAAAUGAAAAAUCAUGACUGGUACUAUGGUAGGAUAACCAGAGCAGAUGCAGAAAGACUCUUAAUGAACAAACAUGAAGGCGCCUUUCUUAUUAGAAUCAGUGAAAGUUCUCCUGGUGAUUUUUCUUUGUCUGUAAAAUGUUCAGAUGGUGUCCAACAUUUCAAGGUAUUGAGAGAUGCUCAGGGUAAAUUUUUCCUUUGGGUGGUCAAAUUUAACAGUCUUAAUGAAUUAGUAGAAUAUCAUCGUACAGCAUCUGUAUCUCGUUCACAAGAUGUUAAAUUAAGGGAUAUGGUGCCAGAAGAAUGUUUAGUGCAAGCAUUGUAUGACUUUCAACCUCAAGAACCAGGUGAACUUGAAUUCAAACGAGGUGAUGUAAUUACUGUUACUGAUCGCACAGAUCAACAUUGGUGGCAUGGAGAAAUUGGUAAUAGACGAGGACUGUUUCCUUCUACAUAUGUUACUCCAUAUCACUCCUAGGCCUCAUGUUGUGCACACAGAGGUCAAAGGCACCGGCCACAUUAUCCCACCACUAUCACGUACAGGAUCAGACUUACUGCAGAAUUAAUCAACAACAUUUUACAGACUCCACCAAUUGAAUGGGCUACUAGGAUGUAUUGGUG